GCUUAAUAUUUUGCCAGUAUUAACAUUAUACAAGCACCUACCAAACGAAAUCCGAGAAAGUACAUGCAGUGGUCGAGUGAUCUCACGAUGCUUGCCAUGAUCUACCAUUUCCCCCAACUACAAAGCCGUACACACCUGCACGGUCUCACUAAACCAAGACUAAGACUAAGGGAAGUACGAGCCCAAUAGAUCCGGACCAUUACCCCGGGUCACUACUGUCGAGAUGAUUCCUGAUCAGAACAAGCUCCCCCUUAGAAUAGUACCGAGUCGCCCAAGCCGAGCCCUCUCAGACCAAGCGGGGAACACGGAAAUGCACUACCGACCUCCUUGGGGAUGGAUAUAAGCAAUCCAGUCUCCGAAGUCCAGCAGGCGCAACACGUAUAAUCAUUGACCGCAAUGUCAUUCUCCGAUCAAUUCAAGGGAAAAGUCAUCGCCAUCACCGGCGCAGCCCAGGGGAUCGGCUACACGACCGCCCUUGUCCUGGCGUCCCGCGGUGCAUCGCUCUCUCUCGCUGAUAUCCAGUCGUCAACGCUUGACAAGGCCAGAGAUACUAUUUUAUCCCAGUGCACGUCAAUCAAAGUUUUCUCCCAAGUCGUCGAUGUUCGCUCAGCGGAGCAGGUCGAGUCAUGGAUCAAAGCCACCGUCUCGCACUUUGGACGUCUGGAUGGUGCCGCCAAUAUCGCCGGCAUUGUCCCCAGGUCAAUAGGCAGUGAUGCCGGUCUGGUAGAGAACAUAUCACCGGAUGAGUGGGAUUCGUGCCUCGGCGUCAACCUCACAGGGGUGAUGCACUGCAUGAAGUAUCAGCUGCGCGUCAUGGCGGAGGACAGCGCCAUUGUCAACGCAAGUUCCAUCGCAGGCCUGGUUGGGCGAGAAAAGGACAGUAUCUAUACAGCCACCAAGCACGGUGUCAUUGGAUUGACGAGAUCGGCUGCCAAGGAAGUUGGCGGGCGAGGCGUACGAGUGAACGCGAUUUGCCCGGGACGAAUCGAGACAGCAAUGUCUAAAUUGGCACAGGAGGCAUUUUCUAAGGCUGGCGCAGCAGACGAAUAUACCAGAGAGACGCUAUCCGAUGUCGCAAUGAGACGCAAGGGUCAACCCGAGGAGGUUGCGAAACUGAUUGCCUUCCUUUUGAGCGAAGAGUCUUCUUAUAUCACUGGUAACGCAAUCAGCAUUGACGGAGGAUGGAACUGCUAGCCAGUUUACAAGUACAGCGUUUACGACCCUUCAUGGCCUCCACAUGGUCCAUCGGCUGUCUUCUUGAGGCAACGAGUGCUAUAUCUGUGUCACAUUUAUAAACGAAGAACAUCGAUAUGUCGUGGCCACUUUGACCACCACAGCCAUUGUGUGAUUCGUUUGCAAAGCUCCCAAUCAAUGAGCUGGGUUUACAGCGGUAUAUGAUGUAUCGUAUCCAACGCUGUCACUGUUGAGUGCGCAAAUACUCGCUCAAGUGCGAACCUGAGUCUCCUGGCGACUCGCAACACUCAAAUAAGCAUAGCCCAGAUGCUAAUUCUAGAUCUGUGUCCAAUUAUUAUUUCGGCGCUUGCUCCUUGGCAUGACCCUUGGCAUGACACUCACUGCGAGUGGCG